GUUUCUCUUGGAAAGAAGCGUCCAGCCCCCAUCGAAAACUGUUUCCUAGCCGCCUUGCGUCUUAACUUGUCUACAUUCACUUCAUGUUAUGGUCUCUCAAAUCGAAGGGAAGUGGCUUUUCCUCCGUGCCGACAUCAAGACAGCGGCCGCCUGUCGCGCGCUCUUCCGACCUUUUGAAACGGUAGAAUCGUUUUAUUAUCUUGGGUUUUCAUCUCUUUUAUCACAAAAUACACUUAGCGAAGAUACAGACUUUCCUGGGUAGACAAUCCCAGUUGCACAGCUCCCCAUCGUCAACUAUCGCCGCCUGUCUUGUUCGUGGCCUUGUGACCUUGUCGAGAGUCGACCUGUUCGAUAUUUUCCUGAGCCUUUGAUCCGCUUUUCUCUUGAAUCGCUUCUCACUUUUUUUCUUUUCAUUUCGACCAACGUCGCGGGGACUGUGGCUGAAGUCCGCGAGACACGUCGCAGCCUAAAGUGGAGUUUUUCCGUGUCGCCUGAAUCGACCUCCGGGACCUGCGUGGCUCUUGUAAAAAGAAGUCCAUUUCCUCAGGGUCUCGACUAUUGUUGACACUCACGACUCUUCUGGUCUACCUUCCACAAGACCGGACGGUGUUCACGGGUCGAAGGGAUAAAAACGGUGGCUUGUUCCUGAAGUUGCUGGAGUCACCAAGUCGGGACCACAAAGACGCAACAGAGUUUUAUACCGAUUAGACGGAAAAAGUGCGACUCUUGCCUCGUCUUCCCGUUCCUCUGGCUGUGCACCUCAUUUCCCGACCAGCGAUCACCUCAUUAAGCACAUAGACGCGAAAGACAGUCAAUGUCGUUGACUUCAGCAAGUACUUGUAUGCCAUCCACCGUUUGACUUGCAUCAGAGGAAACGUGUGGAAUUUAUCCUCCGCUCGAAUCGCAGCAAUCGCGGCACUUCCUGCUUCUUGUCAACCCUCGUUUCCGCCUCCCCCUCCUCUGCGGCGUUCUCCCUUCUUGGACGGUCGCUCCUGCCUACACAAAGAUUAACCGUGAACUGUCUUCACCGGGGAACCUGUUUCACCAGAAGCCUCUGUGUGGUCGCUACAACUGAACGCCACCGACCAUCUUUCUGGCGGCAUCUCCGCAACGAACUGUCGCAGCAGGUCACCUUCUUUCACGCAAUGGAUCAUCAGUUCUCUCAGAGUCAGUUGGGCAUGGGCGACGGCGGCUUCGGCGGCAGCCAGUCCACGCGGUCGAAGCUCGCGGUGUUGAGCGAACGGAUUCAUGGUUUUGAAAAGCAGAUGGAGUCUGAGGCCAAGCAGAGAAGGGAGAGUGAAGAGAGUCGGGUUAUUGCGAUCAAGGAAGCCAUCACGAAACUGGAGAAAACUCUCAAUGCGGAAAUCAAGCGCCGCGUCGAGGCGAACAAAGCUCUCCAGGCAAUGUUUGAAAGCCAGCUGCUUGGUGUCCAAGACAAGCUGUCUUCCAUCUUCGUGGAGAAAUUCGACCAACUGCAGAGCGCUCUCGACGCCCUGAAUGACAGACUAACCGUUGUGGAACGCGAAUCUGCGAUCGAGAAAGAGAAACAGGCAAAGGAGUGGGAAGAGAAGAACGUCGUCAUCUCCAAAGACAUGUCCACGAUCAAGGCAGCGCUCGAGACCGAGAGUCAGUUGAGACAAGAGCGAGAAGUCCAGCUCGCCAAGAGACUCGGAGAACUCGAGUAUCGCACAGAGGGAAAAUUCGAAGCGGAGAAAAACACUCGCCAGCAGAAAUACGAGCAGGCGCACGAGGAGAUGGAAGAGGCGAAGAGAAUUCGCGAGCGGAACGAAGAGAAAUUUCAGACCUUCGUCUUGGAGGAAAUUGCUGCUCUCAAAAAUGGCCUCGUCCUCGAGUCUCAGGCCCGAGAAGGAGCAGACGAUGAUAUCGUCCAAGCUGUCAACCACUACACGACGGCUCUGCAAGACGCGUUGCGUCUCGUCACGACAGCCUGAGAAAAGAGUCUUUCUCUGGUGUCUGAAAUGGAUGCCUCUUUGCGAAGGAGUGUUGUUCGGAGUCCUUUGUUUACAGCUUCUACCGUCACGCUCAUGGAUAUCUGAUGGGUGGUGUAUGCCUGGUGACAGUCACGCAAACGAACUCAUGUGUGUGUUGUUUCGGAAGUUGGUUCUUCAGCAGUCAAAUGGGACACCGUAUGAAGGUCUAUCUCUCUCUUUUUGUCCUGUGAAAGCAUUCUAGAGAACUAAAACGUCGACCGUCCGAUAGCGGACGCGAAAAAAGGGACUCUCAAUGGAAUCCGAGAGUAGAACCAAGUAGCAAAUCCUUUUUUUGUGUUUCUCUACCCAAGCUGACAGCAUCUGUUUUAGGUCGGUGCGUAUGUUGGUGAAGAUGUCUCCGUGCAGAUGUGGGGAUGCAUGAUUCUCUGAAACACCAAGACCUUUUCUGCAGUUGAGUGCUGGAAAGACACUGGCGUCCGAGUUGCAGUUUCUUUUAGCUGCGUGGCCGAACGAGGAGCCAAGAGUCCGGCCUGUGCCAUGUGACAUUUUUGCUUUCUCGUCCGGGUGGCACGCUUUCUUGAGACCCGUAACACGUGGUGCCUAGAUACUCUGGUUCGGGUGUACCUGUCGCUCGGAAUCCAGAGACGUUCGCCUCUUUAGUCACGGCUCUUUCGUUUUGGCUGCUGUGUCCGAGUCGUCAAAAAAGUUGGAGACAAGACCUAAAGCCAUGGAACCUGAGCAGGAAUUGGAUUUUUUCCUUGCUUCGGAUUCUUGUGUUGCCACAAAUGGCAAAAGAUUUCCUAAGCACCUUCACAUUUUCACGAACAAAACCCUGCACGC